AUGGACGUGGACGUGGACGUGGACGUGGACGUGGACGUGGACGUGGACGUGGUCGUGGACGUGGUCGUGGACGUGGUCGUGGACGUGGACGUGGACGUGGUCAUGGACGUGGUCGUGGACGUGGACGUGGACGUGGACAUGGACGUGGACGUGGUCGUGGACGUGGACGUGGACUUGGACGUGGACGUGGACGUGGACGUGGACGUGGACGUUGACGUGGACGUGGACGUGGACGUGGACGUGGUCGUGGACGUGGUCGUGGACGUGGACGUGGACAUGGACGUGGUCGUGGACGUGGACGUGGACGUGGACGUGGUCGUGGACGUGGACGUGGACGUUGACGUCGACGUGGACGUGGACGUGGACGUGGAAGUGGACGUGGACGUGGACGUAGACGUGGACGUGGACCUGGACGUGGACGUGGACGUGGACACGUGGACGUGGACGUGGACGUGGACGUGGACGUGA